ACGCACUACACGAAUCAGCAUAACUUUCUCAUGAAUGGUCAGUUGUAAUCGAAUCUCCUUGAAGAUUACAACAAUCUAUCCAUCCAAGUAUUAAAAGCAGAAGAAACAAAGACAAAUAAAAGAAAUGGGCCUCAAACGACCAACAAGCUUGGAAAUCAAGAUGAAUUCGGAGCAUGUUCGACGAAGUGCCAUGCUCUAUGAUGAACAUGCAGAAAAACAGGAAGCUGUCCCAUUUCUUAUCGGAAUAUUGAUGAACCGAUGGAAUGCGCUUCAUAAAGCAUACAUUGAUGAUAUAGACAUUGAAGACUUUUUAGAGCAUCCAAAUCUGGCCUUUAUACUUCAACAGUGGAGGGAGGUGAAGGUGUUAAGAAGUCAAAUCAUGAAAUUUGCUGCGGAUCUCAAGGAACUUGACGAUGCUUAUGUGAUCCCUAAUUACCAAGACCCGCACACUAUACCACCAUACCAAACCAUUGCUGAAAGUCUAGGAAAACUUGACACGUUACUAGAUUAGGGAAGUUCAGAUGUCUAAAGUAUCAUUUUUCCUUGUUAUCAUAAUUGUAACUGCUGAAAUCCAUAAAAUAAAUGGAGUAUAUUGAAUACAGUA